AUGGUGGCCGCCUCUCUUACUCGAGCUGCUCUCCGGAGCCCGUUGCUUUCACAGCAGGCUCGUCUUUUUACCUCGUCCGCCCGAACUCUCCUCCCGGCCAGCUUCGCCGGACCACUGCCAUCAUAUUUCCAGAAGCCUCGACUCCCUGCCAAUACGGUUGUUCGAUUCGUUCCUCAGCAGACAGCAUGGAUUGUUGAGCGCAUGGGCAAGUUCAAUCGCAUCCUCGAACCAGGUCUGGCAGUCUUAAUACCCUUCAUUGAUCGCAUUGCCUAUGUCAAGAGCCUCAAGGAAUCUGCCAUUGAGAUACCUAGCCAGAGUGCCAUUACUGCCGACAAUGUCACACUCGAACUUGACGGCGUCCUCUACACUCGAGUCUUUGAUGCUUACAAAGCCAGCUAUGGCGUUGAAGACGCAGAAUAUGCCAUCUCCCAGCUUGCCCAGACUACCAUGCGUUCCGAGAUCGGUCAGCUUACUUUGGACCAUGUUCUAAAGGAGCGCGCAGCACUCAACACCAACAUCACUGCUGCUAUAAAUGACGCCGCCGAGGCAUGGGGCGUUACAUGCUUAAGAUAUGAAAUUCGAGAUAUUCAUGCUCCCGCCGCCGUUGUCGAAGCAAUGCACCGACAGGUCACAGCCGAGCGAUCCAAGCGAGCAGAAAUUCUCGACUCCGAGGGUCAGCGCCAAAGUGCCAUCAACAUCGCGGAGGGUAAGAAGCAGAGUGUAAUUCUCGCUUCCGAGGCUAUGCGUGCCGAGCGCAUCAAUGAAGCCGAUGGUGAGGCAGAGGCAAUUCUUCUCAAGGCUCGAGCCACAGCUGAAGGUAUCGACGCGGUUUCCAAGGCCAUUCUCGAUGGCCGAGAAGGUGCCAAGGGUGCCAUCAGCUUGACUGUUGCUGAGAAGUAUGUUGAGGCAUUUGGCAACUUGGCCAAAGAGGGUACUGCUGUUGUAGUUCCCGGAAAUGUUGGCGAUAUCGGUGGCAUGAUUGCCACUGGGUUAAGCGUGUACGGCAAAGUAGGCGAGGCUCAAGCCAAGACCAUGGCUAAGAAUGUUGUCGACACCUCUACUUCAGCAGAAGGCAGCUAUUCGAAGAAGGAAAUCGAGCAACCGAAGUCAGAAGAGGAGGCGUCAGCCAGAAGGAGAGAACAAAUGAGGGAAACGAUGCUUGACGGUUUCGACCAAACAGCCGCCAAGAAAUGA